AUGGCGGAGGAAUGCAUCAGCUACAACUACGCCGAAUAUAUAAUCAGGAAAUGGGAAGUAGGUGCCGCCAAAUUGAAUACAUUCUCAUCUCUGUUUCUCGCCGACAGAAAUGAAGCAUACAAAUUAUUAGAAGCUAUUAUCGGCGUUCAACACGCCAUGAACCACCAUGUCAAGCUGAGCACCACAUCUCGCAAACUCGUCGGAGCUCAAGAGUUGAUGCAGAUCGCGAUGCACAGGCUCAGAUAUGAAUUUUCCGCGAUAUUAUCCGCCACAAGAAGCAGCAAUCUCGACUCUGAAUCGUUAAAUUCUCAGGAUCGAGAUCGAGAAACCACGGCGACGGAAAGUGAGAGAGCGGUGGAGGAUUUGAAGAGUGUUGCGGAGUGCAUGAUCGCGUGCGGUUAUGCGAAGGAGUGUGUUGGUACUUAUCGAAUUGUGAGAAAAUCGAUCGUCGACGAGACGAUGUAUUAUUUGGGGAUUGAGAGGUUGAGAAAUUCUGAAUUGAGGAAUAUGGAGUGGAGGAAUCUGGAGACGAGGAUCAAUACAUGGCUGCGCGUGGUAAAGAUUGCUGUGCAGAAUUUGUUUAAACGAGAGAAGAUUAUCUGUGAUGCCGUCUUCUCUUCAUCGGAAAAGGUUGCGGAGGCGUGUUUCGCUGCAAUCUCGACGGAUGCGGCGGCGGAUCUGUUUUCCUUCGCGGAGAGUCUCUGCAAAUGCAAGAAGGUUCUCUCGCCGGAGAAGAUAUUCCGGCUGCUGGAUCUCUAUGAGGUGAUCUCCGAUUUGUGGCCGGACAUUGAGCUUUUAUUUGCCGAUAAGCUUUCGUCGGAGGUGAGAUCUCAGGCGGCGAUGGCGCAGUUGAAGCUUGGGGAGACGGUUAGUGCUAUGCUAGGUCAAUUCGAAGAGGCGAUUCGGAAGGAGACGUCGCCGCCUCCUAUCGGCGGCGGUGUUCAUCCCCUCACGCGCUACAUGAUGAAUUUCCUCGUUGUUUUAGGCGAUUACGACGCCGCGCUCUCCAGCAUUUUGGAGGAUUGGUCACCGGCGAAUGUUCGGAGUACUCCGACGAAAAACCGUUUCUCCAGCCACGCAUCCGGCGGCGAAGCGGAUGCAUCGGCACCGGAGAUCAGCCGUCGCCUCUCGUGGCUGAUUGUGAUCCUCCUCUGUAAGCUAGACGGCAAGACGGCGGCGUACGACGACGUCGCAUUGUCGUACUUGUACUUGGCGAACAACCUAAACUACGUCGUUUCGAAGGUUCGGAGCUCGAAUCUGGGGAUUCUGAUUGGGGAAGACUGGAUCGGGAAGCACGAGUUGAAUGUGAAAGCCUACUUAACGAAAUACGAGAAAAUCGGAUGGAGUGAUGUCACCUCCGCCGCGACGCCGCCGGCGGAGGUGGCGGAGUCUGUCGAAUUGUAUUACGCUGGAUUCCAUGAGACGUGCAGGAAGCAGAGAUCGUGGGUCAUACCCGACCCGAUAAUUCGGGAAGAGGUCAAAAUCUCGUUGCGUAAAAGGAUACUUUCGGGUUAUCGGGUCUUGUGCAAACGGAUGAAUAAUAUGCCGGAUGUAAUUGUCAGAUAUACCCCUCAAGAGUUAGAUAAUUACUUGUCAAACCUGUUUCAAGAAUAA